AUGUCGAAUCAAUCGGGUCGUUCCUGGUACCGUUUCUCUAACGUCGUCCGCCAAACACAACACUCUUCACGCGACCCAUCUCCUCCACGCCCCGUCAUCAAACCACCACGAUCUCCGCCUGCUACGCCGCCUCAACCUCUGUCCACACCAUUACGUCCACCACCAAAACAAGUCCAAGAGACUAAACCGAGUCCGGCUACAUCUUCUUCAAGGUCUAUAAAACAUGAACCAGCUAAGCCUAGGCACGAGGAAGAGGUCACUCAUCAGAAGAGCAUACUUUCGGAGAAAACAAACCUCAUACACGGUCCAAACAAGGAGCAGCAACACGAGUACGAUGACGUCAUCAUGGACACGCAAGGCGUCAUAACCAUUUCCGGUGAAAACAAAGGAGCUGUGAUGGAGAUACAACGGCCACCGAGCAAGACACAUGGCAUCGGGAAAGGAAAGAGGUCAAACAAUUCAAAGAAGCAUAACGAUAAUAUUGCUGGAAAUCUACCGAUGGAUGGUUUUAUAAACAGUAACGUUCAGAUAGUAAAUGGCUCUAUCGUCUACAACUCGUCGGAGACUCAUCAUAAUCCUGGCGUUCAUCUUAGCCUCUAUUGGAGACCUAGCUCAGGUAAUGGUUUCAUCGUCAAUGACCAUGGACAUGGCUACAACAGCUCAAUCAACUAA